AGCCCCAGAAGAUUAUCAAAUUUACAAGUGUAGUUGUUCCAAGUUUUUACAAAACAUACAAGAGGAAAAGGAGAGAGAUUGCAAGAAAAAGGAAAAAAGACUAUAGAAAAGAGAAUAAAGAGAAGGAAGAAAACACUCCAAAGCCACUUUAUUGCUUUGAUCCAAUCUAAACCCACAUCUUGCACCCUCACUUUAUCUCUGUCCCACACAUCACCACUAACCUAAAACCAAUGUAAGUUGUUCUUGUUCUGUUCUUGUUCCUCUUUUUGUUCUGUCUUUUUUAUUUAUUUAUUUAUUUAUUGUGUUUUCCCCCUUCACACAUUCAAUCUAAAAUCUUCAAAUUCUUCACCCAAGUUCCUCUUUUUCAUCUUCCACUACUUCAAACUCUUCUCCCCCUUCUUAAAAAUCACACCUUUACCAUGCCCCUUUAUCGUUUUUGUCAUUCACUCACACUACUUUGUUUGAUUCUUCACUGUGUUACCUCUUCUCACUCAAUUGAUAUUCACCCACAAGACAAAAAAUCUCUUUUAUGGUUCAAAUCAUCACUGCAUGACCCUAACCAGAGUUUAUCCAACUGGGUAGGUUCCAAUUGCACUACAUGGGUUGGAAUCACAUGUGAAAACACUACUGGUAGAGUGAUUUCAAUCAACCUAAAUAGUAUGAAUUUGUCAGGUCAAAUUCACACCAAUUUUUGUAACCUUUUGUAUCUUAACAAGGUGGAUUUUUCACAUAACAAUUUCACAUGCCCUCUACCUUUUUGUUUUGGAAACUUACUUAACCUUAGUGUUAUUGAUCUUAGUCACAACAGGUUUCAUGGUGGAAUACCAAGCUCUUUCAUGAGGCUUAAGGUUCUCACUGAGCUUGUUUUGAAUGAUAAUCCACCUUUGGGAGGUUCAUUGCCUUUUUGGUUCGGUAACUUCUCUGUAAAUCUUGAAAGAAUCCAUCUUGGUUUCUGUUCAUUUAGUGGAGGUAUACCUGAAAGCUUGCUUUACUUGAAGUCCCUUAAGUAUUUGGACCUUGAAAACAAUCUAUUAUCUGGCAAUCUUGUUGAUUUUCAACAGCCUUUGGUUUUUCUCAAUCUUGCUUCCAAUCAGUUUACAGGUACUUUGCCUUGUUUUGCAGCUUCAGUUCAGUCCUUAACUGUGUUGAAUUUGUCUAACAAUUCUAUUGUUGGGGGUUUACCUGCUUGUAUUGCUUCUUUUCAAGCUUUGACUCAUUUGAACCUAUCAAGGAACCAUUUGAAAUAUAGAAUAUAUUCAAGGCUUGUGUUCUCAGAGAAACUUGUUGUUUUGGACUUGAGUAAUAAUGAUUUGUCUGGUCCUAUUCCUAGUAAAAUUGCAGAGACCACUGAGAAACUUGGCCUUGUUUUUCUUGACCUUUCUCACAAUCAAUUCUCUGGUGAAAUUCCAUUGAAAAUUACUGAGUUGAAAAGCCUGCAGGCUUUGUUCCUUUCUCACAAUCUUCUUUCUGGAGAAAUUCCUUCUAGAAUUGGAAACUUGACUUAUCUUCAAGUCAUUGAUCUCUCACACAACUCUUUGUCUGGUACCAUUCCAUUUAGUAUUGUUGGGUGCUUUCAGUUGUAUGCUUUAGUACUUAAUAACAACAAUCUUUCUGGUGUGAUUCAACCGGAGUUUGACGCGUUGGAUAUCUUGAGGAUACUAGAUAUAAGCAACAAUAGGUUUUCUGGUGCUAUUCCACUCACUUUGGCUGGUUGUAAAUCUUUGGAGAUUGUGGAUUUUAGUUCCAAUGAUCUUUCUGGAUCAUUGAACGAUGCGAUAACUAAAUGGACAAACCUCAGGUAUCUUUCUCUUGCUUGGAACAAAUUCGAUGGAAGCUUGCCUAGUUGGUUGUUCACAUUUCAAGCUAUAGAAACACUGGAUUUGUCGCAUAAUAAUUUUUCUGGCUUUAUACCUGAUAUUAAUUUGAAGGGUAGCUUAUUAUUUAACACAAGGAAUGUUACGGUUAAAGAGCCUUUGGUUGAAGCAACCAAUGUUCAACCAAGAGUUUCCGUAGUUGUUUCUGAUAGCAACCAACUCAGUUACGAUCUUUCAUCGAUGUUCGUAAUCGAUCUAUCCAAUAACUUGUUUCAUGGAGAGAUUCCAAGGGGCUUAUUUGGCCUCGCUGGCCUAGAAUAUCUGAAUUUGUCAUACAAUUUUCUCAAUGGACAGCUUCCCAGUUUGCAGAAAAUGCAGAGUUUGAGAGCUAUAGACUUGUCGCAUAAUUCUCUAUCGGGACAUAUCCCAGGAAACAUUUCCGGCCUUCAAGAUUUAACCAUCUUGAAUCUGUCUUACAACUGUUUCUCUGGAUAUGUUCCUCAGAAGCAAGGGUAUGGAAGAUUUCCUGGUGCAUUUGCUGGAAACCCGGAUUUAUGCUUGGAAUCUUCAAGUGGAAUAUGUGAUGGAAGGAUUCCAUCAAAUCAAGGCAGUUAUUUUAGGGAAGAUAAGAUGGAUGGACCUAUAUCUGUGGGGAUUUUCUUUAUCAGUGCCUUUGUUAGUUUUGAUUUUGGUGUUGUUGUUCUAUUCUGUUCUGCUCGAACAAGAAAAUACAUUCUCCAAACCAAAGCUUGAUUUAAUGUAUCUCACAAUGGCAAUAUUUCUGCUGUAAAUUCCAUUUUGUAAUUUGGCAGCUGCCUUCUUGUUUCAAGUGAACAUAGACAUCCGUGUCCUGGAAAUGACAAAACCAAAUGUCAAAUCACCAAAGGUCUAAACAACAUUUGUGAUUCUUGAUUUUGGAUAGCGUGUAAAUGUAAAGACUAAUCUGGUAUUAUUCAGCUGGAAAAGGAAUGGAUUGUUAUGGUGAAAAUUUUAUUUGAGUAAAGACAAGCCCUACAUCAUUCAGUUGGUUGUUCUCCUUUGGUGGAACUUGGUUGCUAAACUUUAGGAUGCAUUAUAACAUUCAUCCACAUACUAUACCAUGUUAUUUAUAAUCAAAAUGGAGGCUUAGCAUGAAACAUGCCUUUGUAUCUAGUCUAGUUAUGGUGAAAUUUUGAUCUUGGCAAUCAAUUUGCAGAUUUAUAAGCUUAUUUACAUUUAUGGUUCUAGAUUUACAUAGCUCUGUUUUGAUUAUGGGGAACCAAGAUUUCCCUUUAGUGUUGUUUUGCAUUUGACCGCAAAUUGAUGAAGUGUAGGGAACAAUGGUUAGUGCAGACAAUAAGACAAAAAUGCACUAGUCUGGCUCACAAAAAUAAAUUUCUUACUGUGAGUUUUUCUUCUUUUUUUUCA